AGUAGUACUGUUCAUCAACAAGAUAUCUUGAGUAGUAGUAGUCUUGAGUGUUGUGAUUGCAUGUGCUUUUGUCACUACUAAUACAGGAAAAAAUAAAUAAUGGAUAAAAAAUCAGCAAAUAAUAAUAAAAAUGGAGAUGAAGAAGAAGGAGAAGCAAGUAGAAAGAAAAGCUUCCCUUGUCUGUACUGUUCUAGAAAGUUCCACAGUUCUCAAGCUUUAGGUGGCCACCAGAACGCUCACAAGAAAGAGAGAACCGCCGCCCGGAGGAAUAAGAGGGCCUGUGAUCAGUACGCCGCCGCACUCAACGGUUUUUCUCCGCCGAUGAUGUUCUCCUCCAACAACUAUCACCACCCCAUCGGCAUUUUCAACCCUUCUUCUGCUGCUGCUGCUUUUAUCACCGCCCAUGGCGCCAGUCUCUGCCAGUUCCAGAGCCACCAGAUGAUGGGCGGCGGCGGUGGUCCGCGGUUUGAGAAUGCUGGGUUUUACCGAAGCAAGUUUUUGAGCGGGGUGCGCCGCGAUGAUGAGGUGGAUCUCCGGAGCUUCGCGAAUUGGGAAAGGAGCAUCAGAUACGGCGGCGGUGGUUUAGGGGAAGAACGCCGGCAGGAGGGUUUUCCGGUGGCGGCGGAUAACGGUACUGAAGGCGGGAAUCAUGGGGUUGAGGUUAAGAAUAUUAAUAAGGAUAAGAAGCUUGAUUUGUCGCUUCAUUUGUAGAGAAGAUGGCCAUGGCGGCCGGAGUUUACUUGCUGUGUUUUUUUAAUUUUAAUUUUUUUCUAAACGACGACGUAUGGUAAUUAGUAGUGGCAAUUUUGGAUUUACUUGCAUUGCAUGUAAUGUAAUACUAAUUUGAAUAAAUUGAGGGACUUUUACUUAUGC